GGCACAGUUAACAUUCUAACUACGUAGUUAACUGACGAUUUGUUUGUUUAUUUAUGUGUAUUUACAUUAAAAUGAAAAUUUUAUCAUUGUAUGUUCUUAUAUGCAUGUUUGUUAAGAUAAAUUGUUGGGGAAGAGGAGAUUUAGAGAAAUAUGGACCAUUCCAAAUUGCUUUACGUUCAAAGUUGAUAAAAUGUAUUCACGAUAGAACACUUGAUUUAGACGUCAGUGAGAUCGACGUCUAUUUUUACGAUUUUCCAAGAAACGAAGUCGAAACUUAUAAUAUAGACGACGCAGGUAAAGGUAUUUUAUCUUACAAAGAACUAGAUAAAACGAAAAGAUUCAUUAUCUUUGUCGGUGGUUACAAAUCAAAUAUAAACAAGAGGACGGAGGAACGUGUUAGAGAUACGUUUAGAAACUUUCCAAACAGCUAUCUAAUUAUACUCGAUCAUUCUCCAUACACGAAUGAUAAACAAGGUUACAUCAAAAGUUACGAGAGAUCAGUUAAAUACGUUCACUACAUAGGAAAGGCUUUAGCACAAAUGCUUAUUACUUUAAAUGAAGCAGGCAUAUCACCUAAUAAUAUACAUUGCGUCGGACAUAGUUUAGGAGGCCAAAUCUUAGGACAUACAGGACAAAUAUUCUUUGAAAAUACACGCAUGAAAAUCUCAAGAAUAACAGCAUUAGAUCCAGCAGGUCCAUGCUUUUCAAAUAGCUUUAUAGAAAAUCAAAUCAGAUCUGGAGUUGCUGAUUACGUUGAAGUUUAUCAUUGUAAUGCAGGUGCUUUGGGAACCACGAGUGUGUUAGCCGAUGUAGAUUUCUUUGUUAAUAAGAAAGGUCAAUCUCAACCGAAUUGCAAGACUCCUUUAAUACCAGGAAUUUUUGACUCACCGAAAGCUGCUAAAUGUAAUCAUAGAGCUUGUAUAGAUUUAUGGACGGCAACUGUCAGUCAUCCUGAAUGGUUUUUGGCGAGGAAAUGUGAUUCAUAUAAGAAGUAUAAAGGCGGUAGUUGUUCUGCCAAUGAUGUGACUAUCGCUGGGUUCUGGAACCCUGGUAAUGCUACUGGUGUGUAUUAUUUCUCUACAGAAGGUUACGAUAUUCAAUAGGGAUUUAUGUAACUCUAAUUGAUUUUAUGUCGUCUUAGUCAAUCACUAGUCCAUUCCUAGUUUAAGAUUUUGUGA